AUGAUUCGAGAAGAAGAUAUUGUUAGGUUACUUGGUACUGGUCUUGAUUCUGAUUUAUCAUCACUGUCAAGUGACGAAGAUGUUACAGCCAAUUUUCCUGAUAGAGAAUUAGAGAAUCUUUUAGACGACUUCGAUAAUGACUUUCAAGGAUUGGCUGAUUUUUUGGUUGAAAUAGAUGAAGCUGAUGAACAAAUAGAAAUAGAACCCGAAGCCUCUCAGGUGAACGAACAAAUAAAUGAAAGUGUAGUUCCAUUAGAUUUAUCAUUUCAGCCGAUUCAAAAUACAACUUCUUUUACAUUAGGUUCUGAUACUAAUAAUAAAGCCAUACCCAAAGAAAACAGCGAUAAAUUUGUGAAAAUUCGUCCUUUGUAUAAUUCAUUUAUUAAACGCUGUGCCCAGUUACCUGUUGAACAAAAUCUAAGUGUGGACGAACAAAUUGUUCCUUUUAAAGGAAAUUUAUCAAUAAAACAAUAUAUUAGAGGUAAACCAUCACCGUGGGGAAUAAAAAAUUUUUUGUUGUGUGGACAAAGUGGAUUAGUCUAUAAUCUUUUGUUAUAUCAAGGAUCGUCUACACAAAUCGAUGAAAAUAUGCAAAAAAAUUUUGGUCUAGGUGGAGCAAUCGUUUUAAAAUUGUAUAAAAUAUUUGCUGCUGGAACAAUCCGAAUAAAUAGAUUCAAUAACCCCCCGUUUCCAAAAGAUAAACAACUAGCUAAAAUGGGCCGAGGAACUAGUUUCGAGAUAUGUUCAAAUCAUAAUAUUGCUUUGGUAAAGUGGUUCGAUAAUAAAGCUGUACAGCUCGGAUCAAAUUUCAUUUCUUCGGGAACACCAACUAUAGUACAAAGAUUUGAUCGUAAAAAAAAAUCACUGGUUUUUAUUGAAUGUCCCGAAGUUGUUUAUUUAUACAAUAAAAGUAUGGGUGGUGUAGACAAACACGACCAGCUGGUAAGUUAUUAUCGAACGUUUAUUAAAUCCAAAAAGUGGACUUUACGUAUGCUUUUUCACAUAUUUGAUAUGGCAGUAGUUAAUUCGUGGCUCGAGUACAAAAGAGAUGCAAUAAACCUUAAAAUUCCUACAAAAGAAAUUAUGGAUUUGAUACAUUUUAAACAACACCUUGCCGAAAGUUUAAUUAUGAUUGGUAGUCUUUCAACUCCUAUAUCAAAACGAAGAGGACGCCCCAGUAGUUCCGAUUCAAUAAAUAUAACUCCAACUAGAUCACCAAAAAACGUCGAUAAAAGACCGCUCGAAGAAGUAAGGAAAGAUCAAUACGGACACCAUCCAGAGUACGAUGAUCGAAAAGAAGCAAUACGGUGCAAGUUUGAAGGUUGUACAGGACGUACACAUGUUUAUUGUAUAAAAUGCGGUACCCAUUUGUGUUUUACUAAAAAAA